AGCACUUAGCAAUUAACCAUCAAAACCUCUUUCGAUCUCUCCCUCUAAACAAGAGAGAGGAGGUUAUAAGAGUUGAAGAGACAUCCAAAAGACAGGCAUAUAGAGGAAGCCCAGCCGGCUAGGUUUUUCCAGACAGCUCUUCGAUCUUCUCUCUGAAUGUUUCUCUCUCAUCUGUAGAGAGAGAAGCUAGAAGCUAGAGUUGCUUGUCCAUUAAUUAUAGGCCAAAAGAAACUUCCAUUGAUUAGAGUAGUAGCUGCAGGAUCCAUCUCUUUGUUGUUUAUAUAUGCGCGCAGAGCAAAACGCUUCUCUUCCUCUCUCUCUAGCCAGCGUAGCUCCACUUGUCCCUCUCGUCUCCUCCCGCCAUAAAAACCACAGAGCCAGCCUCCCUCCCUCCCUACCUGCCUUGCCUGCCACUCUCUCUCUCGUCCUCUCUCUCUCCCUACGCCUUCCUCUCUUGCUUCGGCGACAUGCAAUCGGCCAUGGAGCUGGUGCUCUUCCGGGAGGAGGGCAUGGACGAUCGGCAGCAGCACGCAGCCGUAGUGAAGCGGAAGCGCACCAAGAGGCCCCGCCACCACCCGCCUGCGGCCAUGGCCUCCUCCUCCGCGUCCUCCUCCGAGAGCACCACCACCGAGGAGGAGGAUAUGGCCCACUGCCUCAUCCUCCUCGCCCAGAGCGCGGCUCCUCCCGUCGUCGUCGAAGCUAGGUCGUCGCCGCCCGCGACGGCGCCGCAAGAGACAUCGGCUCCGGCCGCCGCGCCGACGCCUGUGGUGGUGACGACGACCAAGACGGAGAGGUACACGAGCCGCAAGUACACGGAGGCGGCCACCACGGCGGACGGCGUCAGGGCCGGCUUCUACGUGUACGAGUGCAAGACGUGCAACAAGUGUUUCCCCACCUUCCAGGCCCUCGGCGGCCACCGCGCCAGCCACAAGAAGCCACGCCUCGCCGGAGGCGCCGAUGAGGACGCCACAAACACCGCCAUCGUCGCCGUCACCAAGCCUUCCAAGCCGCCGUCAAUGAAGACGGCAUCACCACCGCCGCCGACGAUGACAGCAGCGUCGCCGCCGCUUCCACCACCUGCGCUGGACGCUGCCCCGGACGUCACGACCGUGCUGAGCCUCAACAACGGCGGCAGCCCUGGCAUCAACAACAACAGGAUUCGCGUGCACGAGUGCUCCAUAUGCGGCGCCGAGUUCGCCUCCGGGCAGGCGCUGGGAGGGCACAUGCGGCGUCAUCGGCCACUGCACGCGCCGAGCGCCGCGCCGGUGACCGCGAUCGCCGCGGUAACCACGAAGAAAGACGGGAGCGCCAGCAUCAACCUGGAGCUCGAUCUCAACCUGCCAGCUCCGUCCGACGAGGAGUCUGUCUCGCACCCGCACCCGCCCCCGUCAGCGCCGGCAACUGCGCCGGUGGUGCUCGGCCUUGGGCCGUUCGACAGCGGCAAGAAACGGCUCAUGCUCACCGCCGCCUCCGCCGCGCUGGUGGAUUGCCAUUAUUGAUCGACACGCCCGCGCAGCUGGCCUCGUGAAUUCUUUUUUCUUAACACCGAUUGAUUGGUUGGUUGAUCAUUCUGCUUCUUCAUCUCCUUCUAUACAAAACUACGUAUACUUACAAAUCUGUUCCUUGGCAUGAAUAUAUCAAGGAAAUUGUAAUUAACAUACAAUUGAUUCUUUCCAUUCUUUGGUGUAAGAAGAUUGACUAUAGAAAAUAAUAAUUGACAUUUCGAUGUAUAUGUAUUGUACACACAAGCAUAUUGGGGCUGAAAUAUAUAUUGGAAUGAAGGGAAAUUCCACUUCGUGACC